GUGGGAUCUCUCGAAAUUUCUGUCUCCGCCCUGCAGUAGCACCCCUGAAUUACCUGUCACUGCUAGCGGCCCUAAGUUAUAUACCGUCUGCACUAAUCGCCUCUCCUUGCUCUCGUCCGCCUUCCCCGCUGCCUGCCCCCUCCACCAUCGUCGCUUGUCUCUACAGACAACCCGACCGCAGGGCCCAAACGCAGCCUGAUCACAGGAUACACACCAGUCUCAAGCGACCUUACCAGCUGGACUGGACUGGGCUGCAUCCGUUUUUUAUCCAAAGAGUCGCUUAUCGCGCGGUACCGAGGCGACCUUGUUACCUGCAUCUUCCCCGUAUAUACUACGAGCCAUGGACACACAAGCCCCCGUCGCGAGCUGCUCGCGAUCAACCCCGCACAGGUGCGCAUCAGCGCCCGUAUCCACGGCAGCGCCCCAGCGCCUGCACUCGCCCAGGCGCGAGCUGGACGCGUCCGACGCGAUGUCCGAGAAGGGCUGCGAGCCGCUCACCGACAUCCCGCUGCGCACACCCGCGACCGCUUCGCAUCCCCUGUACACGCACGACGAAAAGACGCCGGUCGAGCCGUCCUUUGCGUCGCACUCUGCGUUUCCUUCUCGGCCCCAUUCACCACACGCUCCUUCGCAUCCUUCUUCCCAUUAUCCUCGCUCCCCCCACCACGGCGCACCUCUGAUCCUCGUCCCGACGCGCUCUCCAUCUACUUACACCCGCCCCCACGGUCGGCGGAUACAUAAUCUCAUCAAGCCAUGGCUCCCACUAAUACUGUACGCUAUCACCAGUCUGGCUUUCGUCGUCGCUAUCAGCUUUUGGAAGACCGAAGUUUUCAACGGUCUCGAUGAGCUGUCACAUUGGCUGCGCGAGGACGAGUACUUUGGCUACGCCGUGCUCUUCUUCCUCAUCUUUCUCACUACAUUCCCUCCUGUACCACUAUAUUCGACGUUCAUUAUCCUAUCCGGCUACACCUUCGGUCCCUGGACCGGCGCCGUCAUAUCCUACACCGCCGCGCUCACGGGCGCGCUGAGCGUCUUCCUCCUCUCGCGCGCGUUCCUGCGCGGCGCGAUCACGCGCUGGCUCGCGCAGACGUGCACGAUCCGGCGCGUCGUGCGCGCGAUCGAGAAGCGCCCGCAGCUGCUCUUCCUCAUCCGCCUCGCGCCGUACCCGUACAACGUGAUGAACUGCCUGCUCGCGGCGGCGCCGACGCUCACGCUGCGCACGUACGCGGUGUGCACCGCGCUGAGCCUGUUCAAGGUGGUGAUACACACGAGCAUUGGGUCGAGCAUACAUUCGUUUGCGAGUUAUCACCUGCAUGAGCAGGAGGGCGCGGGUAGGGCGGAGGAGGGGACGAGUGCGCUCGGCCGCGUGUCGACGAUUGCGGGCGUGGCGCUCUGCGUCGCGAUCCUCGUUUAUCUGUCGUAUGUCGCGCGCAGGGCGGUGGACGAGGAGCUGGACGACGAGGACGACGGGCUGCCGUCUGCCAACCGCGAAGAGCGCGUCGCGUUCCUGUCUGCGGAGGACGAGGACGCGGAGCCCAUGGCGCAGUCGCCGUUUCGGACGUCUAUCCCCCUGCCCGGGAGCUCCUGGAACUCGUCGCGUCGCGAGGAGGAGACUAUCGGACUCUGAUUGAUAUUGACCAGAUCGGACUGGACGGUGUAUUAUCUUUGUCUCUGUCGUGCUCUCUCGCUCUCGCUCUUACUUACUCUUUCUUUUGUCGCUAUUAUCUGAAGGUGCGCCUGUGCGUGCGUGGACAUUUCGCCGAUCCCUGGUGGGGUCCGCCUAUCUUUCUUAUACUUAGCAAGCGAUCUUUAAAUGUGUACAAGGUAGUGUAUAGUGGAAUACAAGUUGGU